AUGCAAGAGCACAUUCGAAGAGCUCACCCAGAGCACUACAUCUCAAAAUUACCAGCGACGGAGGAGAGCUUUCAGCUCAUGAUAACUACCCCACCACAAGAGCGACCUCUUCCACAAUCGAGCUCCAACUUGAGUCCACAUGGAUAUGGCAACGACCGACUCAGCUACUAUGGUGACAACACGAGUACCCGCAACACUCCUACGAGAAACCUGGACGAUCUCCAGUCUGCGUCUAUGCUGCCAGCCGCUAGCGCUGCUGCCGCCCUUGCACAACUACAUAACCAUAAACUCGAACCGGACUGGGAGACGGAGACGGUGAGUGACGAUACUUUUGAGAGAGCUAGGGUCUGGUCUCAUUCUUUACAGGACUGGAUGUCGGAUACCGAAGCGCACAAACAAGCCAUGCGAGCCUCUAUAGAAUUACCACCACUACACAAUAACCACAUCGAACCUACGAGCGAACCCUAUUCCCAUCUCAGCCCACAACGUCGGAGAGAGCUUCUUCCCUCCAUUCUCAAUAACUCACCCCCAGGCCGUUCCUCCACACUUCCGCCUAUACAUCGCCCAGGCCCAAACCGACCGCGAAAACAAUCUGUAUCAAAACGAGCAAGCCAGCCACAACACAAACGACAAAAGUCAAGAGGCGACAAUGCUGCUCAUUUAAGACGCAUGAGCUACGAUCGAAAGGCUUUCUCAGCAGAACCCUCAAGUGGCUUAGCAGCAUAUGGGAAGAGAUGGGAAGAUUUGAUCGAUGCAGCCACUUCGGCGACUGAAGAUGUGGACGAGGAUAGGACUCCUGUUCCCCCUUCCCCGAUAUCUGUGAACCGGGCAUCUCUUCCGCCAUUUCCUGCCGCCCAGUUCCAAGGGUAUCAAGCUUCACCUCUUCAGCAAGCUCUGACGCCGCCGUCAUACAUUCCAGGAGCUCCAGAGCCAUUCCCCUCUGUUGAGAGUGGAGAAAGUGGAGAUAUGUUCCAUAUCGAAUCUCGUGGUCUGUCCGAUUCGUCGCCCAGCUUUUCUUCACAGAGUAUCCAGAUAUACUGUGCUGCGUGUCAAAACGUAUCUCUGCUCAAAGAAUCAUACGCAUGCACAGAGUGCAUCUGUGGAAUCUGCCAAGCAUGCGUUGAUGUUCUCAUCGCAGAGCAUGGAGCACGUAGAAAGUGCCCUCGAUGUGCUACCAUUGGUGGACGAUUCAAACCUUUCCAGUUGGAUAUAAGAUAA